UUUAACCAUUCACCACACACACGCACUCUCACAAAUGGCUCCAAGUAAUUGUCAAACAUUUGUAGCUAUUUUGCUGCUUUUGCUGCCCUUAGCAACCAAAGGAGUAGACAAUAAUAUUCCUCCAAUCCUUUCUCCAUUUUUUGAGAAUAUAUGUAACGUAGUCGAAUGUGGAAGGGGUAGAUGUGUGGCAGACCAAGGCCACCCUUUUAAUUUCACUUGCGAUUGUGAAGAUGGGUGGAGACGAACCCGACUUGAGGAUGACGACGAGCAAGACUUAGAGUUUCUUCCAUGCGUAAUUCCAGACUGUUCUUUGGAGUAUUCAUGCAUGCCGGCCCCUCCUCCACCUGCAAUUGGGUCUACUGUGGAUCAGGAAGCUGCACAAGGAAUUCAACGUAUACACACACGUGUCAAUGCAAUGCGGGCUACUCUAAUCUUCUGAAUAUCUCUGCCUUUCCCUGUUACAAUGACUGUAAGAUUAUUAAUUUACAUAAUUUA